AUGGCAUCUGAACAAAACCCACCUCCCAUGGAAAAUUACAUGUAUCACUUCUCAGUCAAACUUGAUGACGAGACAGCUCGACCUCGCCUCUUCGACCAAUACCGAACUCGACCUGACUCGAAGAACAGCCUGACCCCAUCCAAUGGGGUGAGAUUUAACGCUAUCACUCUUACACCCAUUGAGACCACGGAGGGCAGUGAAGUUACUGGACCUGGUGGAAGAUGGCGAGCGGCCUUUGCGCCUACGAUCCGUACCAGCGCAACGGUCACCGGUAGUAUUGCCUCUGCACCGUCAGAUGGUUCCAAACCUACAGUGCACGAUUGUGAUCAUCAGCUCUUGAUGACUGUCGAUUUCCAAAAUGUGUCGACCGAACAUGAUUUCAAUAAAGUGACUCUCAAGAAUCUUCAAGAAUGCAGCGAUAACAACGCCAACUGUAGAUCAUGGAAAGAAGAGAAUGGGUUUACUUUCGGGUCCGAUUUCGAUCUGAGAGAACCUAGAUUCAUUUUCGACACAGGAUCCAGAAUUGACAAAGAGCCCGUGGACGGUAUCUUCGUGGACUUGUACAAGAAUAACGAACAUGUCAGAACCAUCGAAGCACUUGGCGCGUCAAUUAGUGCUUACACUUAUUUAUAUUCUGGGCCGAGAGCUUUGGAGACGGAAGAAGAGGGUUUGCUUGAUGUCACUCAGGCGGAAGCCGGGCUCCCUUCAGAGGCACAAGAAUGA